UUUAUAUUGCUUUUAGCAUUAAGCCAUAAUGAAAUGAGGUGGCUCUUUCACAUUUGUAUGUUAAAAUUAAGUAUUCAUUUAAAUCAGAGGUAGACAAAUCAUGGUCCCUGGCAUUGUAUUAUUUAAGCUCAAAUGAAUAAUUGCUUUGUAUUUUUAAAGGGUUAUAAAAAAAAAAGAAGGAUAUGCAACACAGACCAGGUGUGACCCACAAAACUUAAAAUGUUUACUAACUGGCAUUUUACAGAAAACCUUUGCAGGCUCCUGACUUAGACUAAUGCCUUAUAAUUUAUUCUGAAUUAAGAUGACUCUUUCUAUAAACAGUUGUCUUUAAAUGAAAAGACAUUUUACAAUUAUUAUGUUCUCUAUCUUUAACAAGAGUGUGUACUUUUAUCCUUUUCCUUAUUUUUCAAACUUUGAAUUAGAGUUCCAUUAUCAGGUUAUAGCUGUAACUUACGGAGGGUGGGAGUUAAGUUCAAGACACUACUUUCCUAUAUGCUUGGACUGAGGUGGAGUAAUAGCGCUCAAGUCAAAGUCAUGCCCUCCCCACUACUUCUUAUAAGUACUGUUCUCGUUUCACAAAACAAGCCCACAGCAUAAAGGGAAAUGACGUCAUAAGCAUUGCUAUUUGUAAUUUAGGUGAAAUUAGCUGAUGGUUGUGGUGAAACUUUUAAUAUUUAACUUCUAAUAUUGGAAAUAAUCAAAUGUCUAUUUUAUUUCUUUCUAUUCAUAGAACAUUCUGGACUGCAAAUUUUAUCAUUAUGUACCAUAACAGUGUACUUUAGUAACUGUUACUUUUUGUGUUGCUGUACACAUUAGAAUUUAAUCUUUGGUUAUAUAUUUGAAUAAAGCACCUAACACCAAAGAAAAUGUUACUAGAAAAGCAACUCUAGGUAUUUCCAUCCAGUCAGUAUAAUAAAAUAUGUUUUUAAAUACUCCUAAAUACACAUAACAUCAUAACACACAAAAACGCCUUUAGGGUAAAUAUUUAACAUAUUUUAUAUAAAUGAUAGUAACAAUUAUAUUUUUAAGUAGCAUUUUUCAUAAAUCCAGCAUAUCCUAAAUAAAAUUUGGGCUAGGAUUUCAGUUAUUUUAAUUUAACCUCCACUUUAAUUUUUUGCACUUAUGAUGCUAAAAUGCAUGAUUAUUUCUUAGGUGAGGUUUCACAGAAGCCAAACCUGUCUUCACUUAGUUGGGCAAUAAUUCCCGUUAAGGAAUUUUAAAUCUGAAUUCCCCCCACCAUAGUUUCUUAUUCUGAAUUCCAGAUAUUAUCUUAAAUUGAAUCAGUUCUAACCUUUUCACCUUUCUAAUGAAUGGGGAAGCUCAUCUCAUCAUACCGAUGUCCAUAAACAAGGGGGAGCAUCAGUCUUCGUAUAAUAAAUACUGUGGAAGAGUUUUGUCUUAGUUAUUGUUUUUGUCUUAUUUUUGUCUCCAUAUUCAGGCUGCCUGGACAACAGCUCUGGCUCUGAAUGUAAAAGCCCCCUGGGAGGGUUUCAGGGCUGCCUAAGGCACAUCACCAUUGGUGACAAAGCAGUGGAUCCCAUCUCAGUACAGCAGGGGGCGCUGGGGAGUUUCAGGGAUCUCCAGAUAGACUCUUGUGGCAUCACAGACAGGUGCUUGCCCAGCUACUGUGAGCAUGGGGGCGAGUGUUCCCAGUCGUGGGACACCUUCUCCUGUGACUGUCUGGGCACAGGCUAUACGGGCGAGACCUGCCAUUCCUCCCUCUAUGAGCGGUCCUGUGAAGCCCACAAGCACCGAGGAAACCCGUCUGGGCUUUACUAUAUUGAUGCAGAUGGAAGUGGCCCCCUGGGACCAUUUCUUGUGUACUGCAAUAUGACAGACGCCGCGUGGACCGUGGUGCGGCACGGCGGCCCCGACGCGGUGACCGUGCCAGGCGCCCCCAGCGGACGCCCGCGCUCGGCGGCCUCCUUCGCGUACGCGGCGGGCGCGGGGCAGCUGCGGGCCGCGGUGGGCCUGGCGGAGCGCUGCGAGCAGCGGCUGGCUCUGCGCUGCGGGACGGCGCGGCGGCCGGACUUGCGAGAUGGAACCCCACUGAGCUGGUGGGUUGGAAGAACCAAUGAAACACACACUUACUGGGGAGGUUCUCUGCCUGAUGCUCAAAAGUGUACUUGUGGAUUAGAGGGGAACUGCAUUGAUUCUCAAUAUUACUGCAACUGUGAUGCUGGCCGGAAUGAAUGGACCAGUGACACAAUAGUCUUUUCCCAAAAGGAGCACCUGCCAGUCACUCAGAUCGUGAUGAUGGACGGAGGCCGACCCCAUUCCGAAGCAGCUUAUACACUGGGGCCGCUGCUCUGCCACGGAGAUAAGUCAUUUUGGAAUUCAGCUUCCUUCAACACUGAGACUUCAUACCUUCAUUUCCCUGCGUUCCACGGAGAACUCACUGCUGACGUGUGUUUCUUUUUUAAGACCACUGUUUCCUCUGGGGUGUUUAUGGAGAACCUGGGGAUCACAGACUUUAUCAGGCUCGAACUCCGGGCUCCCACAGAAGUGACCUUUUCCUUUGAUGUGGGGAAUGGACCUUGUGAGGUCACAGUGCAGUCACCCACUCCCUUUAAUGACAAUCGGUGGCACCAUGUGAGGGCAGAGAGAAAUGUUAAAGGAGCAUCUCUUCAAGUUGAUCAGCUCCCUCGGAAGAUGCAGCCUGCCCCGGCUGAUGGGCGUGUUCGUUUACAGCUCAACAGCCAGCUCUUCAUCGGUGGAACGGCCACCAGACAGAGAGGCUUUCUAGGAUGCAUUCGGUCUCUGCAAUUGAAUGGAGUGGCUCUGGAUCUGGAAGAAAGAGCCACAGUGACGCCAGGAGUGGAGCCGGGGUGUGCAGGACACUGCAGCAGCUAUGGACACUUGUGUCGCAAUGAAGGGAAAUGCAGAGAGAAACGCAGAGGGGUCACCUGUGACUGUGCCUUCUCAGCAUACGAUGGGCCGUUCUGCUCCAAUGAGAUUUCUGCAUAUUUUGGAACUGGCUCCUCAAUGACAUAUAAUUUUCAAGAACAUUACACUUUAAGUGAAAACUCCAGCUCCCUCGUUUCUUCAUUACACAGAGAUGUAACAUUGACCAGAGAAAUGAUCACACUGAGCUUCCGAACCACACGAACUCCGAGCUUAUUGCUGUAUGUGAGCUCUUUCUAUGAGGAAUACCUUUCAGUUAUCCUCGCCAACAAUGGAAGUUUGCAGAUUAGGUACAAGUUAGACAGACAUCAAAAUCCUGAUGCAUUCAACUUUGAUUUUAAAAACAUGGCUGAUGGGCACCUUCACCAAGUGAAGAUCAACAGAGAAGAAGCAGUGGUCAUAGUAGAGGUUAACCAGAGUGCAAAGAAACAAGUCAUCUUGUCCUCAGGGACAGAAUUCAAUGCUGUCAAAUCUCUCAUAUUGGGAAAGUUUUUAGAGGUCGCCGACACAGACCCGGACACAAGGCGGGCCGCAGCGAGCGGUUUCACCGGCUGCCUCUCGGCCGUACGCUUCGGCCGCGCUGCUCCCCUGAAGGCGGCGCUGCGCCCCAGCGGCCCCUCCCGGGUCACCGUCCGCGGCCACGUGGCCCCCAUGACCGGCUGCGCGGCAGGGGCAGCGUCCGGCUCCCCGGCGCGGGGACUGGCUCCCCGACUCGCGGGAGGCACAGGUCGUUCUGGGCCAGCAGAUGAGGGAGAGCCCUUGGUUAAUGCGGACAGAAGAGACUCUGCAGUCAUCGGAGGUGUGAUAGCAGUGGUGAUAUUUAUUUUGCUUUGCAUCACUGCCAUAGCCAUACGCGUCUAUCAACAGCGAAAGUUACGCAAAGAAAAUGAGUCGAAAGUCUCAAAAAAAGAAGAGUGCUAAGACAGCUCUAAACAGUGAGCUCAAUGUGCAAAACAGUCCAUGAAAGCCAGAAAGAGCGAGUCUUCUGAUAGGCAGCUGUGGCCAUCUCUAUCACCGUGACUAUGGACUUUCCUGCCGUUGCCAUCAGGGUGUAUACAGUGGGUGCUGUGCUGUCACCUGGCUGAAGACCAGCAGCCUCAGAGCCUCUGGGAGGCCUCUUUCUCUGUUCGUGAUACACAGUCCUCCACCAUCAGUUUCCGAACUGUGAAUUAGGUAUGGCCAUUAAUCACUGUUCGGUAGUUUCCCUGUUCAAAGGCAUUCUUCCAAAACUGUGGUUUGAUUUGUGUUAAUAAUUGUGGGGCUCUAGAUGAGAAAAUGACUAUAAAGCUGUGGCCCUACUUUAUUUCAAAAAAUGACAGAACUUUGUUGAGAUGUGAAAGAUAAUGUUGCACUUUAAUGUUUUUUGUAACUUGAAAACAUACCUGGGAUCCCCUUUUUUGGCCCUCUGCUGAUAUUUAUAAAACAGGAAAUGCCUCUUAGAUUACUUUCACCGGCAUUUCCAUAGUCCUGGAAUCCAAAGCCAAGUGGCCUACCUAAAAUUCACAGCCCUUUUGUUUCCUGUGUGAUGGUUAAUACAAUGCAGUAGAAGCCUGGAAAUACUACCAUUAUUUUUGGUGUAUUGCUUUUUCUAAUUGACUGUUUUUAAUCAUUUUGAUAAAUUUUAAUGUUGAAAUUAAUAUUGAAUGCUAGCUAUGAAAUUUUAGUAUUGAAUUUUGUAAUGGAACAGAAAAUCGGUAGGUAACAAGAUGCAUAGAGGAUGUCAAUACAAGAUUGUCUCCCUAUUUUUAUUUGUAAUUUGUAAUUACAGUUUUUGUAAAUUGUGAUUAUGUUUUUAACUAAAUUUACAACCAGAUAUAAACACUACUUCUUACACAGAGUUAUCCUUUAUUUAUAUCAUUAAUACUUGAAUGAAACGUCAUCCUAAACUUAUUUCCCCAAGAUGUUGAGAGGUCAUAUCUGUUUUUCUUUAUCAUUCUUUUCUCUUUUUCUAAAAGUUAUUACUGAUAUGCCUGUGAUUUCCUGUGACUCUAUUAUGUUGUGCAGACCAUCUUUUCAAUUUAUUUAAAAAAAUAGCUUAAAUGAAGAGUACUAAUUCCUUUUCUAAAUUUUGAACUGCUCUAGGCAUAAAUAUCAUUGUGUAUUAUCCUCUUAUCUAAUUGCUUUUGGAAUGUAAACUGAAGGCUGUUCACUCCAAGGAAAGAUAGCAUUUAUAUGAUGUUUAUUAAAUCUGCCAUUCUGAUCAUAGGUUUAUGAACAUGGGGUGAAAUUCUCAUAGAUAACCCAAAAUUGAAUAUAUGCUGUUAACUGGAACAUGUCUCAUUAAGGUUUACAUACACAUUAAGAGAGCAGAGGAUUGGAAUUAACUUUAUGGAGACAGUUCCAGGAACUAAUAUCGAAGCAGUGGUUGUUUGAUAAUGCAUGCAACCACCAUUUGGAUUCAAUAAACCAAUUAUAUAAAAGCAGUGAUGCUAUGCUCUUCAUAUUCCAGAUACCAACUGCCUGCCAAGGACUAAUGAGAUGGUAUAGUUCUUCCACAUCAGGGCAAAUUGAAAAUACACUAAUUCAGCAUUACUAUUACAUAAAUGAAUUUCCAUCUUCUCAUUUGUGUUGUUUUUGAAAGAAUGAAUACACUCUGUCUCUUAAAUCUACUCUCAACAAAUGAUCUCUUCUCAGAAUACUACAUCUGCACUGAGAGUACAGCCAUUGCUCACUGCACUUUUCACGAGACAGCAAAACAGUUGCAUUGAAUUGCAUCAAUACGUCAUCACCAUCAAUCUUUUCUACCAAUUUUUAGACUUAAUCUUCUUAUUUGAAAGUAAUCUCAUUUUUAAAUAAAAUAAAAAAUAUUUUAGGGAAAGCUCUGAAAAUUAAAAUUACAAAAUUAUAUGCUUUUUCUUAAUUUAUAAAAUUAAGAAAUUUUUAUAUUGGUUUAUGCAUUACCUUACCUUCCUUAUAUAUUUUGAGAUUAUUAUGAUUUGUUGACCUUUUUUGGUCUGCUAUUUAUCAUCUGUUAAGUUUUUUCUUUAAAUUACUAAACACAAAGCACAAGAAAAAGAGAUAAAUAUUUAUUGAUUGCUAGAUGUAGAAAUAACUAUAAAUGUAUAUAUUUAAACUUCUGCCAGAGAGCAACCAUCUACCAAUCAACUUACUAAAAUCUGGAUUAUUUUUUAUUGUUGCAGAGAACUUAGUUAUUAAACGUUAUUUAGAUAUGUAGAUGCUAGUUGCAGGUAAUACCCUUUUGUAAUAUAAAAGUAAAAGCAUAAUAAUUUCCCAAAUUUUGUCUUCGAAUUAAAAAAGAAAAUAACAUAUAAUUACCAUUAUUCAUUUGAGAAAGUUGAAGAUUCUGAUGCUUAAAAACAUCAAAUUUCUAAUAUUAAAAAUAGAGUGGUUAAUGUGACAUUGAAGGGUUAUCUCUGUAAAAUAGUGACAUUGGUGAGUGGUAUUAUCUCAGUAUUUUUGUCCAAAUUUACCUUAGGAAAUCACUCUAAAUCUUUAAUGUUUCCUAAGAGUCAUUAUUUUGGCAUAAACUUAACAUACUUCGAUAGCAGUUCGUACUGAUACGUGAUAUAUUCUACCCCAUGUCCCUAUUACUGUGAAAGGUCAUAGUAAAUUUAACAUUUUCAUCCAGACUGUGUAUGAUCCUUCACUGUAAUCGAGACAUGGAAUAGAACAAGUCAUGUAUUAACAUAAGAUUUUUUUAACCUGCUCCCUCAGUUUUAUAGAUGAGACAAAAAUGUGGUUAUGAGAGUUAAUUUCUUCAAGUAGACAGUACUAAUAAGUUGUCAUGCAUGGACUAAACUCCUGACACUUCUCACUUUUAACCUCAGCCCAUACAGAAGCCUACCUUCCUGCCUUCCCAGUAUUAUUUAGCAGAGGAGAAAAUCAUAUUAGGCUACUUUGACAUUCUGUUUGCCUAGACCGACCAGUAAUUCUGGAUCUUUGUUCCCAUCUUCUCUGAAAGAAUAUUUGAUGGAAGAUCUAUUAUUUUUUAAUUUUUAUGUACAUACUAGGUGUAUAUAUUUAUGGAGUAUAUAAAUGUUUUUAUACAGGUAUGCACUGUGAAAUCAUGGAGAAUGGGGUAUCCAUCCCCUCAACAUUUAUGUUUUGUGUUACAAUCUAAUUACACUCUUUAUUUUGAAAUAUGCAAUUAAGUUUUUAAUUGACUAUAGUCACUCUCUUGUGCUAUCAUAUAGUAAAUCUUAUUCUUUCUAUUUUUUUGUACCCAUUAACUAUCCCCAUCUAUGCCCCACCAUUACCCUAGCUGUCCGCUACCCUUUUCAGCCUCUGCUAACCAUCCUUCUAUUCUGUAUAUCCAUGAGUUCCAUUGUUUUGAUUUUUAGAUCCCACAAAUAAGUGAGAACAUGCAAUGUUUCUAUGCCUGGCCUAUUUCACUUAACAUAAUGAUCUCCAGUUCCAUCUAUGUUGUUGCAAGUGACAGGAUCUCAUUCCCUUUUAUGGUGAAUAAUAUUCCCUUUUGUAUGUGGACCACAUUUUCUUUAUCCAUUCAUCUGUUGAUGACCACUUCGGUUGAUUCCAAAUCUUAACUGUUACAAACAAUGUUGCAACAAAUAAACGAGUGCAGAUGGAAAAU